AUGAGUUUGCAUGUUCAGGUCUUGCUCUUUUUCCUCUUCGAACUGAUUGUGAACUUUCACAAGCUGGGCUGCAGUGGUUUCUUCUCUUCGGAGGACUACGUUUGGAACUGCCUGGACCUCUUCAUCGUCGUCAUGGGCGCCAUGGAUCAGUGGGUCAUCCGGUUGUUGUUCGUGGUGAUGUACGGCCGGCAUCACAGUGAUGAGCUGGGGAAUUCCCUGAUGCUGUUCCGGCUACUCAGAAUGCUCAGGCCUCUCCAGGCCGCCUGGUUCCGCAGGAUUUUACGAGUGCUCCGGCUGGUGAAAGCGAUACAUCCGCUGUACAUGUUGGCGCUGGGGAUUGCAGAGGCCACAGCGACCAAAGUGGAGGUGCCAGAUUCGGCGCGGCAACUCUUUCGAACUGUCCCCGACUCGAUGUUUACGCUUUUCGUCCUGAUGAAUGGUGAGGAGUGGCCUGAUGUGAUGCCCUUGCUCGACGCGUUCCCUAGUCUGAAGUUUAUGUUCGUCAUUUUCAUCAUCAUCUCAACUUGGGCAUUGCUCUCGGUAGUUAGUGACAACAUGAUCUACGCCCGUGAAGCUCAAACCCGGAAGGAUGAAACUCUGCAAGGAGAACGUCGCGCAAAGGUUCAGAAGGCAUUAAACGAUGUCUUUGUCGCUUCCCAUGGUGGUUCAAGAGAUGACAAGAGGCUCAACGACCAAGACUGGCAAGAGUUGCUGAAGGUUCCCUUCUACGCUAAGAAAAUCUCAGAUGUCGUGCCGACAGUUCCAAAGAAGGACUUGGCCGACAUGUUUGCUUGGCUUCAAGCGGAAGCAGAUGGUAAAGUGCCAUUCGAGGAAGUCCUGCGAGGUGUACACACCCUGGCGGAACCACCCAGCGGCAAAUCCAUCCUGCAGGUGGAUUCUGAAGUGAAGCAACGCUUCUCCAGACUUGCGAACCAGGCGGAUUACAUCGAAGACUGCAUCAUGGACAUGGAUGAGAAGGUGAAGGAGUCCUAUGCUUCCAUGCAUGCCAUGCUGGAUGAACUCAUUGGAAUCUCGGGUGUUGUGAUGACAACUAGUUCAAUGACCCCAGACAGUUUUGUUGGGGCCAAGGCAUCACCAGAAGAAGAAAGUGCCGCAAUGACACCCAGAGAUGACGUGAUGAUCCCUGCUUUGCCUCCAGUCAUGCCUGGAACGGGAACGAAUCAAGCAGCGACCCAAAGGGACAGCGGAUCAUAUGUUUAGUUUCGAUGCGCCAACAUAGCUGAAACAAUGUGAAAU